GUUGAACAUACCCAACAAAGACAGAAUGCUCUCAUCUCGCUUCCUAAAGCAGUCCCUCCGCGGAGGUAUCCCCAAAGCCACCUCCCGGGCCCCUCCCGCCGCCCUGCCCCGCCGCCAAUUCGCCAUAACCGCCGUCCAACGCACCCAUAUCUCCGAGGUCAUCACCAGCGACCACCGCGACCUCGAAGACGCCUACAACCACAUUAAGAGCGCCGCGAACGAAGAGGACCAGAUCAAAUGGCAGAACCAAUUCACCUGGGCGCUGGCCCGGCACUCCCUGGGCGAGGAGCUGGUGGUGUACCCGUCCAUGGAGAAGCACCUGAACAACGGCCCUGAGAUGGCCGAGCACGAUCGCAUGGAGCAUCAAGUUGUCAAAGAACUCCUCUACAAAUUCCAGGGACUCAAGCCCACGGACCCGGAAUUCAUGCCGGUGCUAGAGAACCUCUGGGGCAACCUCGCACAACACAUCAAGGAGGAAGAAGGAAAAGAUCUGCCGCAGCUGGAGAAGACCCUUGAUGACGGGGAGUCCCGGCAGAUGGCGGCCUCGUUCCAUCGCACGAAGCAGUUUGUGCCGACGAGGAGUCACCCCAACGCCCCGAACAAGCCGCCGUUUGAGACCGUCGCGGGCUUGAUGGCGGCGCCGAUGGAUAAGAUCCGGGAUAUGUUUAGGUCGUUUCCGGAGACGAAGGAUCAAGCGACCAAGUAA